GAUUCCGUGCGCGCGCGACGUCAGAACUGAUUGAAUCACUGGCGGGACAAAAAAUUCCAGCAAACGGAUUAAUCGACCGACAGACGACGGAGGAAGCACAAUAUACAGCGAUCAAAUGAAUCUUUAAAUAGAACAAAUUCACGUCGAUAUUUGGGCCUACUCUACCAAGUUAAACGAUGGUGGCUAAAGGACAGAAGCGUAAGCUCCAUGGUGACUGUGAGGCUGCUGGAUCUGUAUGGGAGAGUCAGCUGCAGUCUGUGUUGGACAUCUCCAUGGACAAAUUUCACCGUGACCAAGCUCUAGUAGAGCCCAGCCUACUGCGGUCCGUUCUCAUCAACAACACCCUUCGGCAAGUUCAAUCCAAGGUAGAGUCGCUGUCAGCCGUCGGGAUUGAAACUAAACCUCAAACCCGCACAGAAUUGGAGGUAGAGCCUGAUUUUUCCAGAGGGCCGUCCCUAAUGGGGUAUAAUCCACCUCUGUAUUCCCUGAGUACUGAUGAGGAGUUCAUGGCAUGGUCUUCAGAGGAUGAAUUUUCUUUAUCUUCAGCCAUCUCUGCAAUCCUCAAAGAUCUAGACGCGGUCAUAGAUGGUGCUCAAGGGCCUUGUGUAUCUCAACGGGCUCCGCUAGGCUCCAUAGAGAACGUGACGGGAGAUGGAAAGCUCACACAGUGUCCACUAUCAGGUUUGAGGACCGACACCAGAAGAACAUCUGAUAUGGUAUCAUCGUUCAGCAAAACAGAAAUGACGUGUCCUGGUGGUCCUCAGGAUGUGGCUUUAGAUAAAUUGCUCCUGGAUGUUGACACGACCGUGUUUGAACCAGAGAUGAAUCUUCUUCAAGGUUUUUCUGUCACUGCCGAUGAGCUGAUCAAGUAUCUGCCGUCGUCUUCCUCAUCUUCAAUUUGUCCGGCAACAUGGGAAAUUCAUGAGAUUGAGCAUGUUAUGGACAUCUUGAUGAGAACUUGAGUUUUUUUUUCUGGUAUCAUGUUCAUUACAUUCAGAUUAUGGUUUUGUCAUGUGAUGAUUGGCGAGUUAUUUGUUAAAAACUACAUCACAUUGUCAAGUAAUGGUUCCUAUUGCAGUCUCUAGUUCCCUUGAUGCUUGCAUCAUGAAACUUUUUUAUAUCAAAAGUCAGGUGUUCAAGGUUUAUUCAAGGAUAUGUUGCAAUAACUUGGUUUGGUUACAUGGUUUGAGGUCGAGUCCACAAAGUCCUUACAAAUCUAUAAGUAUGUAUUUUUGUUACUUGUUGAAAGUAUUGUUCCCUAAGACGUAUAAUGCACUUUUCAUUGAGUUAAUUCUUAAAGUUUUUAACGGAUUAGUAGGUUGCAGCAUGUUAUCACUAUAUGUGUCCAAAUGAAUUUAUGUGAACAGAUUUUGUAUAUUGUAGUUUAAAACUAUUAUAAUGUGCAUUAUGAACAGACAAACGUGUAGAUGCCUAUGCAAAACAUUUACUGUUCAUUUGUUGUUUGAAUAUGAAUCACUUAUUGUAUUGUUGUUGUACUCUGAAUAAAGUGAUAUUUGGUGACA